AUGUCGAUGCCGGCAGAGUCUCGGCUGGCCCCAGUGGCUCUGCUAUCGCAGUGGGCGGGAUCGCUUCGAACGAUGAUGUCCAUGACCGACAAGGAUGAAUAUGGCUCCGCAGAGGUCGAGCAUGUCGACCACGCAGCUCGAGAGAAGGGCGUUGUUAACGCGCGCCUCGUCUUUGCUUGUGUCGUGUUUGGAGCGGCGUCGUUUAUGUUUGGAUAUGACGAUAAGCUCAUUUCGCCAGUGGCAGCCCUGCCUGGUUUCGUUGAAAAAUUCCAAGGGCCAAACCCGGUUACGGGCAGAUUGGUUCUCACGGCGCGCAACCAGAAUCUGGUCUUUUCGCUGCCGCUUGUGGGCGCCGUCCUCGGAGGGCUGUUGGCCUCACCUCUGAAUUACCACUUUGGUCGCAAGUGGCCUCUGGUCGCAGCGUACAUCCUUUCCAUUGGCGGUGGCCUGCUCCAAGUGUUUGCGCCGAAUUUGGGAGCUUUCGUCGGUGGUCGAUCCAUCAAUGGAAUCGCAAUGGGAAUCGCAAUGGCAACGGCUCCUCUUUAUCUAUCAGAGGUUGUCCCUGCUUCAAUGCGAGGUCGAAGUGUCAGCUCGCUCAAUAUCCUUAACCUCACAGCCGGUGUAGUCAGCACCGUCAUCGUCUGGGGCACCCAAAAACUAGGCGGUCAUUUAUCAUUCCAAAUACCCCUCGCCGUUCAAUCAGCCGUACCAGUUAUCCUGAUUUCAAUUACAAUCCCCCUCCCCGAAAGCCCCGAAUGGCUCGUGGCAAAAGGCAACAUCGCCCAAGGCCGAAACAACCUCCGCAAACUCCGCGGCUUCAGCGACGACAGAAUCAACGAUGAACUUCGUCUAAUGGAACUGUGUGAGAAACAAAACCGUGAAAUGCGAGCCGAAGUUAAAUUCUGGCAUAUUUUCCAACGGCAACAUCUCCGACGCACUCUUGUCGCCGGCUCGUUUUUCUCGCUCAAUCAGAUAUCGGGUGUUAUCCUCUCAACGACGUAUGCGACGGUCUUUCUUACCGAAUUGGGGGUUGUCGAUGCAUUCUCUCUGACUAUCAUCGCGUCAUGUUGUACCUUGGCUGGUACAAUCGCUGCACCAUUCGUCAUCGACCGUGCCGGUCGUCGACCAACGGCUUUCGUCGGAAUGGUUAUUCUCUUCAUCAUCGACCUCGUGGCAGGUAUCCUCGCCUUCUACCGUAAAAACAACCAAGCCACCCUCACUAUCGCCGCAUUAUCCUUUAUCUUCAAUUUCUUCUGGGCUUCCUCCUUCUACUCCCUCUCCACCCUGAUGCCCUCCGAAAUGGCUACUCCUAAACUCCGCCACCACACCAUGUCCUACACAAUUGCGUGUCAAGAAGUGACGGCCGUGAUCACGACGCUCGUUGUUCCGCAGUUGACAUCUGCUGAUGCGGCGGAUCUAGGCGCAAAGACGUAUCUCAUUUUUGCGGGGUGUAUGGCUGCGAUUAUUGUUUUUGUGUACUUUUAUAUGCCGGAGACGAGGGGCCGGACGUUUGCGGAGAUUGAUGAGAUGUAUGCUGCUCGAGUGCCGGCUUGGAAGUGGCGGUCGUAUCGGACGUCGAGUAAGGCGAGAACUGGGGAGGAGUUGGUUGGUCCUGUGAAGCAGGAGACAUGA